AGGUCGUUCAGUAUUUAGCGAACACGUUGAAACAGUCACUCUAACUUUGGACGCCUUCGCAGCCGCGAUUUGUUGAAAAAAUAAAAAAGGGCAUUUAAAAUCGGUAAAAGUACAAGACAAACGAGCGGAACGCAACCACGACACGUACAGUGAACACCCUACAGCGAGUUUAAAGUUAAAGUAAGCAUCCAAGUCAAGGGCCAACCGGCAUUUCGCCUCGCGGCAAAUAAUUGCAUCAGUAUUGGUGGGCGUAAGGAAGCGUCGCCGCCAAAGCCAAAGAAAGUUUCCAAUUACAGUUGUGAAUCAUUUACAGGCGUUAAUUAGAAAGAAAGUAAGAAAGCUCUCACUCAGCUUUUCCAAAACGAAAAGAUUGACUUGGCAGCCGUCCAUGCAGUGACGCCGCGACACACCGACACACGUACACACGAAAGCCGCUUUCCUGCAACUGCUGCUCUACUAACCGAAAGAAAAGAACAGAACCCUUCCGCUUGAAAGAAAGAGAAUCAUGGCCGAGCCAAAGACACCCGAGAAGAUGCUUUCCGCCAAGCCGCCAGUGUUCCAUCAUCAUAAUAGCCACAGCCCGAAUGCCUCGCUGCAGCUACCGAGUCCCAUAAUCACGCGACGCACACGCACGGCCUCGACCUCGGCUCGGGCCUUGGAGAACCCAGUAGUGACCGGCGUGGUAAAGUCCUUUAGCCGCAGCAAAGGACACGGCUUCAUUAUCCCCAGCGCCGGUGGCGAGGACGUUUUUUGCCAUGUUUCCGACAUCGAGGGCGAAUAUGUGCCCAUGAACGGGGAUGAGGUCAAAUAUCGUCUGUGCGCCAUUCCACCAAAGUACGAGAAACAUCAGGCCGUGCACGUGCAGAUAAGCAACUUGACUCCCGAGGUGCACCACAAAUGGGAGGAGCCCGUGUUUGGAUCCUCGCCCGCCAAGUAGGCGUGUUUGAGGGGUGGUGAAAGAAUAAAUGUUAGCAGCCUUCCAUGGACUUUAAUUGGACUGGAGCACGCCACACACACGAGAUGAAAUAUAAAACAACAACACAGUGAGGGAAAACAAUAACCAACAAUAACCAUGAAAACGAAAGCAUACUGUCGAGAGAGGAACCACAACAGAAUUAGAGACCAGAACAGAAACAGCCAGCCAUUAAAGUAUCAAUUGAACACUUACUUAAUUAGACUCU